ACCUCCAUUAUUGCCAUCCCCCGCUCACUAUCACAAAGCCACACUGGAAUACCUUGCUUUGCCUGCGCCCGUUCGUGCCCACCCCGGCCGUCGUCCUGCGUUGGUGGCCUCGCUCCCUCGCCGUCUCGCGGUCUUGACCUAGUCCAUAUCGAACUCAAGCCGCCGGCGCGGGACCCAUCGCUACAUUGCCGGCUACACAAGUUCUCAUCUCACGCACCCUUGGGCUGGUCCACGGUGGACCGUCCACCACUCACCUUGCCGCUCUCUCCCGCCCCUCGCCACUGCAGGUGAUCGAUCGAGCAUGGCGCUGGCCGGCUUCGUCGUCGGCCUCCUUGCGGCCAUACUGUCUCUACUCUUCUUCUCCCCUGCAGAUGCGGCGGGCGGGGUGGGGGUGAACUACGGCAGGGUGGCGAACGACCUGCCGGACCCGGCGUCGGUGGUGAACCUGCUCAAGCAGAACGGCAUCACCAUGGUCAGGAUCUACGACGCCGACCCCGGGGUGCUCCGGUCGUUCGCCAACACCGGCAUCAAGAUGAUGGUGAUGCUGCCCAACGAGAAGCUGGCCGACGCCGCGCGGGACCGGCGGUACGCGCUCGACUGGGUGCGGAGCAACGUGUCGGCGUACUACCCGGCCACCCAGAUCCACGCCCUUCAGGUGGGCAACGAGGUGUUCGACUCGAGGCCGGACCUGGCCUGGAGCCUCGUCCCGGCCAUGGACAACCUGCAGAGGGCGCUGGCGGACCUCGGCCUGGCCGACGCCGUCAAGGUGUCCACGCCGGUGGGGUUCGCCGCGGUCGCCGUGUCGUGGCCGCCGUCCGACGGCAGGUUCCGGGACGACGUCGCGGAGCCGGUGAUGAGGCCCAUGCUCGAAUUCCUGCAGCGGACCGGUUCCUACCUCACUAUCAAUCUCUACCCCUACUUCGCCUACGCCGAUCAACGGAGCAACGCCAUCUCCCGCGACUUCUUCUUGGGGAACCCCAACCCCGGCGAACGCGACCCCAAGACCGGCCUCGUGUACUACAGCCUCCUGGAUGCCCAGCUCGACGCCACCUACUUCGCCAUGGACAAGCUGGGGUUUACCAGUUUAAGUGCAUACAGUGGGGAGACCGGAACGCCGGCCAGCGGUGGACGACACGGACACCACCCCAAACCCGCGGUCGGGAGCUUAUUGACGGCCAGGAACGGCGACCCGCCGGCGGCGUCGAAAGAAAACGCGCAGGCGUACAACAACAACGUCAUCAACCGCGUGCUCUCCGGCAGGACGGGCACCCCGCACCGGCCGGACGCCGACAUGGACGUUUACAUCUUCGCCCUCUUCAACGAGAACCAGAAGGGCUCCGGACCGGACGACAUCGAGCAGCACUUCGGCCUAUUCUACCCGAACCAGACCAAGGUGUACGAGUUCGACUUCCACGGCGGCGCGUUGCCUCCGCCGCCGGCGCCGGCGCCGUCGAGCUGGUGCGUGGCGAACGAGGCCGCCGGGGACGCGCGGCUUCUGGAGGCGCUCAACUAUGCCUGCGCCAACGGCGCCGACUGCAGCGCCAUCCAGCCCGGCGCGCCGUGCUUCGAGCCCGACACCAUGGUCGCGCACGCCUCGUACGCGUUCAACAGCUACUACCAGCGCAACGGCCGGGCCAGCGGGACGUGCGACUUCGCCGGCGCCGCCUACGUCGUCUACAACGAACCAGCUGGAACCUGUGACCCGAACACGAGCUGGUGCGUGGCGAACGAGGCCGCCGGCGACGCGCGUCUUCUGGAGGCGCUGAACUAUGCCUGCGCCAACGGCGCCGACUGCGGCGCCAUCCAGCCGGGCGCGGCGUGCUUCGAGCCCAACACCAUGGUUGCCCACGCCUCGUACGCGUUCAACAGCUACUACCAGCGCAAUCACCGGGCCAGCGGGACGUGCGACUUCGCCGGCACCGCUUCCGUCGUCUACCAUGCGCCAAAGUACGGAAACUGCGUGCUACCAUCAAAGACUUCGAUUGAACAAGCAACAGCAAAGUCGGAAGUCUAUGCAGCCAUCUGAUCCCGUGUUUUCAACAAUAGUUUAAAAAUGAUAGUUUAGAGGGUUAUCCACACUAUUUUGGCUAUAAUUUAGACUUUUCCCUUUCAAGGAAAUAAAGCAGUCCAGUGUUACCGUCUAUUACGGAACAAGAUAAUAAUGUAAUAAAGUCCGGCAACAGCAAAUCUUUGAUUGGAUCUGCUAGGCAGAUCAUUAGA